AUGAGCAGCGCUCUGGCGGCAAAUGCGGCACAAGUUCAUGCAGCACUCAAGGAAUCCAGUAGCGAAGAGGAGACCAUCAAGCGAUUAAAGCGGGACUUAAGCGCUUCUUUGAUAGAGGUAGCCAAUGGGAAGGCUCGAGAGGCAGCGGAGACCAAAGCAGCAAAUCAGCUCCGAGCUCAAAUUGAAGAAUUGUACAAGAGGAUUGACGAGGAAGAACGGCAUUCUUUGCAACAAAAUGCCCGCCUGAAUGAAUUACUACAAGAACGAGACAAAUUGCAAUCAAGUCUUCAAGACCUUUACACUACGCAGGAACAAUUGCAGGACCGGCGUGCUGCAGCUGAAGAGGAGGCAAAAAAGCGAGAACGCCUAGAAAGGCAGCUCAAACAGAACAAAGCGCACUUUGAGCAACAACAGCAAGAAAUUGCAAAGAAACAAGCAGAGCUGGCACAGUCAGAGGAGCAAAUCACUGCCCUGCAACAGCAGCUGUCCGUGACUCAGCAGCAAGUUCAGCAAGAGGUGCAAGAAUCACAGGAAAUUCAGAGGCGCAUUGCCGGAAAGAGAAGCGGAGCUGAGGGCAAAGCAGGAAGAGCUCGAGCGCAUGAGAUCUGA